AUGUCUAAAAGCAAGAGGAAGAGAGAGAGAGAAGAAAGAGAAGAAAAAAUGUGGAAAAAGAUAAAGGAAUUAGAAGAAGCCCUUCGUGGCUCGAUGUCUAAUACCCAGCUGCCAAAGCAAGUUGCAACACAGUCAUCUGGAGCAUCUAAGCUGGCCGCCGAGUCGGAUAACGAGAAGACUCCGUUAUCGACGGGAGACAAGCAGCAGCUAGAUAACUUACCACCAGAGUCUAAAUCAACCGAGAUGUCGCCUAUUGUCAAACCGACUCCAGAAUCCGGGAAAUCAAACGAUGUUGAGUCGUUAAAAGACCCAAAUACGUCUGGUGGCGUGACUGAGUCCGAUAAAAAAGAAAAUGCUCCGGAAAAAUUAGAUGUCGAGAUCAUAGAGAUUUUGGGUGAGGAUCCUUUAGCAGAAGACCCUCAAGUAGGAGUCUUACACUCGGAAAUUGCAACUCGCUGGUCAAACCUCAUAAGUAAUGGGUUAAAAAAGGAACUGAAGAGUGAUCUAUUGGCAAAAUACCCACGAGCUAGUAAUUGCCAACUAGAAGCUCAAACUUUAAACCCGGAAGUCGCAGCGUCAAUGCAAGACACGGCAGUAAAGCGAGACAAAUUUGCUUGCGAAAUUCAAAACAUUAUUGGAUCCGCAAUGUUAGCCCUGGGCAAAGGGAUUUCAUUGAUGCUUGAGGAAAAAGAAGAUGGAAACUCCUUUGAAAACUGCGAACCAGGGAAACUGGAAGGCCCCAUCCUCCAAGAUGCAAUGGGCAAGGAUGGGGAGUUCGAAAUCAACGCAACAGACAAAAGCAACGGGGUCCAGUGCUCCGAAGAAACAGUAUCAACAGUCGUCUCGAUCCCAGCUGAAAACGUCACGCUCGCUGACGGAUCGCCGUCAUUGACAUCAAAGGUAUCAACAACGGCAGGAAGAUUGAAAUUCUUUGUCAAUAAAUGGCGAGAGAUCACAGACAACAAAUUUGUGUUAAAUUGUAUACUGGGUUAUCAAAUUGAAUUUGAUAAACCAGUUUUGCAAAUUAAUGAGCCUAAAAAUUUAAUAAGGUUCUGGAUUAACUCAGAACGCUUAACAUUCGAGUUACCAGAAUCAAAGAGAUUAAAAAUCCUUGAAUUAGUUAGAAGAAUGCGGGGGAAAAAAGAGUGUAAGAUUAGAGACCUAGCAAAAUUUAUUGGAAAUUUAAUAGCAGCCUGCCCAGCAAUUAAAUAUGGAUGGCUGUACACAAAGGCUUUUGAGAGGGAAAAAUAUUUGGCCUUAGUAGAAAAUGAAAAUAAUUAUGAAGGAAAAGUACAGCUCAAGGAAAAUCUGACCGAAGAUUUUGCUUGUAAUAAUGAUGUCUAG